UGCAACUUCAUUGGCCCGAGCCUAGCGCUGGAACGGGGCGCGGCAGGCAAGAAAGAGUGCGAAAACUUGGGCUUUUUUGAGCUAGAUGAAGAGAAAUGGCAGUGACAGUUAUCUUCUCAAAGAAAUGCCUAUAAAAUGCCAGGGGAAAGCUGUACCAAGAGGAAAUGAAUUAAAACUUGUCAACGUCAGCCUUUCUCGCAGGACACCAUUCUGGAACAGAACACUAGACUGACUUUUCCAGAAAACUGCGCUACACACUCCACCUUCUCCCCACCCGGUGAAUUACGAGAUCUAUCUUUUCAUGAGCCUGUCCUUAUCAUUGGGAGAUACGGAUGCCCAUUCAAUUAAUGACCCCAUUCCUAAACACAUAUGCUUGGUUUUCUGGCCAGAAACCACCGCCCAGAGGACGCGAGAAGGCGCGUAAAGGGUGCAGCGGUGAAAUAAAAUGCUGGAUUUCCCCCGCGCAGUCGCUUCACCUAACCCUCUGCCCCUGGAGGACUGAGCGCCUGAAAAGAAGGGUUCCGCCGAAAAGAUUACAGAUUAGCUCUACUGCUCAGCCCAGGCAACCGAUCUGGGUGUGUCGCCAUAGCGAUGAGCCUGCCGUGUGCUCUGCUGCCAUUGGCUGCAGUCACCGCGCCCGGGAUAUAAAACAGCCGAGCAAACUGUGCCAACUGUGACCCGGCGGCAGGAGUUCAGCUCAGCGGAGCAGAUCGGAGCGGAGAAGGGCAGAAUCAUCGAGAGGGCGUUGGCAGGACCAUGGAGAAAGACGAGUACACAUAUGAAGAUUACCAGGAAACUUUUAAUUGGCUUAAACGCAAAACCACUCUGCAGCCUAAAGUGGCAGUGAUCUGUGGUUCUGGAUUAGGAGGUCUCGCUGAUAAAUUGACUCAGCCUGAAGUCUUUUACUACAAGGACAUACCAAACUUUCCCCGGAGUACAGUGGAAGGUCACGCUGGUUGCUUGGUGUUUGGGUACCUGAACGGCCAAAGCUGCGUGAUGAUGCAGGGCAGGUUUCACAUGUAUGAAGGCUAUUCACUCAAGAAGGUGACAUUCCCAGUGAGGGUUUUCAAACUUCUGGGCGUGCACACCCUUAUAGUCACCAAUGCAGCUGGAGGGCUGAACCCCAACUUUGAGGUUGGAGACAUCAUGCUGAUCCGUGAUCACAUCAACCUUCCAGGUUUCUCUGGUCAGAACCCUCUCAGAGGGCCCAACGAAGAGAGGUUUGGAACUCGUUUCCCUGCCAUGUCUGAUGCCUAUGACCGGAAUCUGAGGUGUCUGGCUCGCGAGACCUGGAGACAGAUGGACUUCAAGAAGCGAGAGCUCCAGGAGGGGACCUAUGUGAUGCUGGCGGGCCCCAAUUUCGAGACUGUGGCGGAGUGCCGACUGUUGCAGCGUCUGGGGGCAGAUGCUGUUGGGAUGAGCACAGUACCAGAAGUUAUCGUGGCAAGGCACUGUGGCCUGCGAGUGUUUGGAUUCUCCCUCAUCACCAAUAAGGUUAUCAUGGAUUAUGACAGCCUGGAGACGGCCAAUCACCAGGAAGUGCUUGAGACCGGGAUAAAUGCUGCACACAAACUGGAAAAAUUCAUCUUCAGACUUAUGGAACAUGUUUCAAAGCCUGAAGGCAUCCCCCACUAACCAGCCUGUCCUCACCUUAUGUGACCCAAGUAUCUACUACCUACUUCAGUCCCAUUCUGGGGUCACAUGCCUCUGUCCUGAGAUAGCAGCAGAAAAGAGGAAAAUCCCUAUCUUUACUUUCCCUAUUUCUCUCACCAGACUCUCCUGGUGCUUUGUUCUCUUGAGAAGUUUUCUCAAAGACAGUUUCCACCUCUGACUUUCCCCCAAAGCUAGAGUCCAGGCCCCACCACGCUUCUGUGGAUGUGCCUGAAAUUUGAUUUGGGCCAUGGAAGUUGGCAGAAUAGUUGGUGAGCUGCCUAUAGCUUUUUGAGAUGAUACUCCACAUUCCUGGGGGCUCAAUUCUGCCUCCCCCCAAGCCCUGGAGACCACAAGAACCAAUCCAAUCUUAGCUUUGAUACCACUGUAUUUUGAGAAUAAAGAGAAAAAUGAAAUAAUUUCUUCAUG